AUGACUAUUGCUCAGGGUUGGGAAGCAAACGUUGAUACAAAUCGUUUUCUUGCGUUUCAUUUCACGGAGGAACCUACAAAUACGAUAGCAAAAGCUGGACGAAUAGAGCUAAAUUGUCGAUAUGCCGUGUUGAUGAAGAAUAUUACGUCUCGCAUAGAAUGGCGGAAAGAUGGUGCGGAGCUGGGUACAUUACGAUUUACAGGAAAAGUAUUUGUGGCAUCUUCUGGCUCAUUAAUUAUCGAAAAUAUUGGAUCCUCCGAUGAGGGUGUAUAUCAGUGCGCAGUUCACAUAACGGACAAAAAAAGUUUUGUUUGGACGUAUCUUUCUCAAAGGGCAACUGUUCGGCUACCUUCGCUUAGCAGGUUCGAAAUACAACCAGAAGAUCAUGAAGUGCAUGUCGGCCAGAGUGUUGCUUUUGCCUGCAUGCUGGAUUCUCAACCUUCAGCUCACAUCGAAUGGUUUUUCAACGGUAAACGAGUUAGCGAGCGAGAUGAUAGUUCUAUAACAAUAUUUCCGGUUACAUCGACGCUUGAGAUAAGCAGUGUGUUACCCAGACAUGAGGGUGUUUAUCGUUGUGUUGCAACGAAUGAGGGAAAAACUCGUGCAAGCCGUGAUGCUCAACUUACAAUAAAACCUGAAAAUAGUGUUGGCAAUGAAUUUUCGGAGCCAUAUUUUGUUCUGGAACCGCGAGGUUAUGUAGUAAAUGAAGGCGAAUCUGUGAUACUAGAAUGUUUGGUUAAUGGAUGGCCACGACCAGAUGUUCGAUGGUUGAAAGGUGCCGAGACCCUGUCAAUAACUGGUGACAGAAUGCGUCAAUUGGGUUCAUCUUCGUUCAUGAUUCUAAAAGCGAAAGCACAGGAUACAGGUGUUUAUACAUGCAGAGCAAGUAACAGUCAAGAAUCGUUAGAUGCAUCAGCUACUGUGCAAGUUAAAGUGGCACCGAAAAUUAUAAUCGAGCCAAAUAGCGUUGUGGCACAGGAAACAACGGAUGUCGAGUUCAAUUGUGAAGCUUCGGGAGAGCCUGGUCCGGCUAUCAAUUGGUAUAAAAAUGGUGAAACAAUCAUCGCGAGUGAAUAUUUUGUGAUAGAAGCAACCCGCUUACGAGUUCUCGGAUUAGUACGAAACGAUCAGGGUGUAUAUCAGUGUAUUGCUGAAAAUGACGCAGGAUCUGUACAGUCGAGUGCUCAAUUAAUUGUUGAUAGCUCUGAGGAGCUAUUGCAACUUUAUGCCCUAAAGUUUUACACAAUGAAUGAGACGACAUCUGUUUUGGAAGAAAUUAUGAAUGUUAAUAACACGGAUUCUUUUUCGAUGGCGGGUUCAAGUGGACAGCCAAAAUUGCCAUCAGAACCGUUAGGUGUUCGUGCCAAUGUUGUUGGAAGCCGUUUUGUGGUACUGACUUGGGAUCCUCCUGUGCAGCGGCAUGGUGCUGUUUUAGCUUAUCAUAUUUUCUACAAGGAGCAAGAUUCAUCAAGAGAGCGAAUGCUGAAUUCAUCAACAACAUCGUUCACGGUGACUCCGUUGCAACCGAAUACUACCUAUGUUUUCCGGCUAGUUGCAGAAAAUGAAGCUGGUAUGGGAAAGUCAAGUAUGCACAUCCUUAUUACGACGACAGAGGAAAAGGCAGUUCCUGGUAAGGUGAAAAAUCUCCAUGGGACGGCUUUGAGUCCGGAAACUGUCGAAAUAUCUUGGGAACCACCAGGCGGUAAUGGACCUGAGCCAGUACAGUACAAAUUGUUUUAUAUUCGGAAAGAUCAUGAUCCGAAUGAAAAGGAAACGCAAAUUGUGAUGAAAAAGACAUCGUACACUCUUCAUGGUAUGGAGAAAUAUGUCGAAUAUAUAAUUCGAGUCGAAGCAGAAGGUGUAAAUGGUGCUGGUCUAAGUUCUGAACCAAUUAUUGUAAGAACGCUGUCCGAUUUACCAUCAUCACCUCCUAGCGAUGUUAGAGCUGAAGCAAUUUCAACUACCUCUAUCCUUGUACAAUGGAUACCACUAUCAGCAGAAGAGAGGAACGGUAUUCUGACUGGAUAUCGAAUAAAAUAUAAAACAAAGUUGCGUGGUUCAAAAGGCAAUACUUUAGUGGUCGAUGGAAACAACAGUUCGUAUACCAUAUCAGGUCUUGAGCCUGGUACACAAUAUAUGCUUCGAGUUGCCGCUGUUAAUCAGAAUGGAUCUGGUCCAAAUUCAGAUUGGCUCUAUGUUAACACACCUCUUGAAGACAAAGAUGAAGGGCAAGUGGCUGGGCCGCCGCUGUCGCUUAAAGUUCAGCCAUCUCUGGAUUCAAUCCAGCUUUCAUGGCUGCCACCUAGAGAUGAUAGUGUGAUGAUUCGUGGUUACUUAAUUGGUUGGGGAAUCAAUAUCCCAGAUGUGGACCAAGUGAAAGUUCCAGCAAGUUUGCGACUCUAUACGAUAAAUGGUUUGAGACCAGGUCGUGAUUACGUGAUUUCGUUGCGUGCAUACAAUAUGAUAGGAAAUGGUUUUCCAAUUUAUGAAACAGUUCGAACACUCUCUCCGGAUUCUAAGUCCGUCGCAAGUGGACAACAAACUAGCAAAGAUUCGGGACGAACUGAAACGCCAAUUGGUGUUAGAGCACUGACACUUUCGUCAUCAUCGAUCCGAGUGACGUGGACUGAUGCUGAAAUUGAUAUACCUUAUUUAAGACAAUACACUGUACGAUAUGGUUCCAGUGCCGAGAAUGGUGGACAGCGGCGUUAUGUUAAUACAUCUGAACUUGAAGUAGUUGUCGAGGGAUUACGGCCCAAUACGCAGUACGAAUUUGCGGUACGAGUUAAUGCUGGAAAGUCCUCAUCCAUGUGGUCUAUGACUGCAGUGAAUUCGACAGCUCCAGCACCACCGUCAAGUGCACCACGUGACCUGACCAUCAUGCAGCCAGCCGAUGGCGACCCACAAACAUUGAUACUGAACUGGCAACCUCCCAAGUAUGCUAAUGGCGAUAUUGAGGAGUAUUUGGUGUAUUAUGCAGAUCGAUCGGAUGCACCGGAUAAGGACUGGAUUCUGGAUGGGGUAAAAGGUGACCAUUUAUCAAUCAAGCUGACCAAUUUACUGCCACGACAGACUUAUUUCUUCAAAGUUCAAGCUCGUAAUAUUAAGGGAUAUGGUCCGUUGUCUCCCACAUUACAAUUUGUUCCUGGUGCACCACCACCGCGAUUAUUUCAAAGUGUUGAUAUUGAUUUGAAAACUUCUCGCCUGGCAUUGUUUUCCACUCCAGCUUAUCUGGCACUUAUAGCAGCAACCAUCGUUCUGUUAAUGAUGUUGAUAAUCACUAUGGUUUGGUAUGUGAGAUCAAAGAAUAGCAAGAAAUCAACAGCUUCAGGCUAUAUGCGUGGAAGAAAACAAAUGAGAAAUGGCAAAGGCCCGCCCGAUUUAUGGAUUAAUCAGCACAGUGGGGGACAUCAAAUACAUGAGCCGGAGAAUCUGAUUGAAGACGCUCUUGCAACAUCGUCAAACGAUUUAAAUCACGGCAGUGAUGUAAUUGAAAUGAUUGAUUCACCGCGAUCUCAAUAUCUUACUCUCCAAGCUCAAUUCACUGAUCCCGCAUACAUUGAACCAAGAAUGACUCAAUCAGCUCAUGAUGGUAUCAGUCAACGACGGCGACCUGUGGGAAAAGCAGAGCUGAUCUCCACUCAUGCUGUUAUGUCACAAAAUCCAUUAUCCGGUAUUGUAACUGGUGAUUGUAAGUAUGGUCGUAUUGGCAGUAAUGCUACUGUUUGCUUGUUAAGACUCAAAGUAUUCACAUUGUCUUUAUGUACAGUUCGUUGUCUCAGAGGCAGUUUAACACCGCCUGCAGCACCAAUAGAUGGUAUAGGUAAUGGUACUUUAACACGAAGUUAUCACCAGUCAUCGACCAGCCUUGAAGGACGACAAAGAACUCCCCAGAUUCUUUACACAAAUACAGGCCGACAUCAGGUAGCUAAAAUUGAUUUUUCCGACCAUAGUUCGACGUACAGUUCAUCUCAAGCACUUCACAUAUCGACUCCACCUCCACCUCAGUUACCCAAUCAAGGACCACCCGUUGCUCCACCCGCUCAAUUACUCAGCCACGAUGGUUACAGAACAUUACGCAGAAAUUCUGUAAAUUCAAAUCCGUUGAAAUCAUUUACCCAACUUGCUGGAGCACCACCACCAAUCACCCCCACGUCAGGUGGACAUUAUCUAGGAUCAGGUGAACGAAUGGCACAUGUCGUUAGACCUCUAGUUGUUACAUCACCGAAUACUAGAAACGGAAAACCUGCUGGUGUUGUUAUUGGUCAGAAAUCGUCUAGUGUUCCUGUGGGACGUGCAGCUGCACAACCGCGUGUUAAUGUCAAUAAUAUUUAUGCGCCAUAUGCAUCUUGUGCAGUGCCGGAGAAAACUGCAUUACAGCGUGAAAAUGUUAUUGAAGCACAACCAUUACAGGCUUCAGCCUCAACGGAAGAGCUGAAUGCCCAGAUGGAAAAUCUGGAUACAAUGAUCGAUGAUUUACAAGCGCUUCAACAUGAGUUCAGUGCAGCUACAUAA